AUUACCUAGAAAAUUAAUCACAUAUGGAAUUCCAACCCUGAUUUCACAUAUGAAUGUUUUUGAUAUCAUGUUCAGAUCGAUUUUAUUCUCCCUCAAUUUAGGAGUAUUUUAAACAAGAGGUUAUCGUCAGCAGAAGAAUUAAAGUAUAGUAUGGUUUUCAAAGUACACCAAAAAUGCAUUCCACAAAGAGUAUUUGUCUGUAUGAUGGCUUUCCUUGGUUUGACAAUUUGUAACAUGAUGAGAUUUUCUUUAUCUUUGGUUUUGACAUUUAUAGCACUACCAAAGAGGUCCAAAAUAAAAACUGACACGUGUAUACUACCAGAGGAUAGUAAGAACGAGACGAAGACCCACAGGGAGGUCAUAUUCGAGUGGGAUGAGCGGAUCCAGGGACAGCUACUGGGAGCCUUCUUCUACGGUUACGUGGUCACCCAGCUGCCUGCCGGGAUCAUAUCCGAUCUCCUCGGCCCCCGCAGGGUCACCUUCUGGUCCUCCUUCCUCACCAGCACCAUCACCAUCUUCAUCGGCCCCAUCACCAACUUCCUCGACUGGCCCGGACUCUUCGUCAUUCGCCUCCUCACGGGCCUCUUUCAGGGUGCCUUCUAUGCUUCUCUGCAUGCAGUCGUUGCAGUAUGGGUUCCGAAAAAUGAGAGAGGCCGGCUAGGAACUUUUGUUUUUGUUGGUGCUCAUAUGGGUAACUUUGGCUCAGUUACAAUAACAGGUUUUGUACUGAACGCUUUGGGACAAAAAAGAUGGGAAUGGCUAUUUUACAUCUACGGAGGUUGCGGAUUUAUUUGGUCCUUGCUGUUUUUCUUUAUGACCUAUGACAACCAUACUCUGUGUCCUGAAGGUUUGUUGGGCGAAAAGGAAAAAUCUAAGUUGGAUACAUACUUUGAAUCAAUAAAGAAAAAACAGAAAGUCAAGUUUUUUGACAUGCCUUGGAAAUAUUUUGGUACAAACUUGCCGGUCUAUGCCUUGGCUAUCGGGUUGUGGGGCCACUGCUGGGGUGUAUUUAUUAUGAUCAACAACAUUCCGAAAUUCAUGGCUUCUGUUCUGGGCUUUAACGUCAAAAGUAAUGGCAUGUACCUUGGAGGUGCUUAUCUUUUAAUGGUUGUCAUCGCUUUCGCUUCCAGUGCCGUUGUAGAUUGGAUAGAUAAGAAAAAAAUAGUGUCUCUCACAUGGAACAGAGUAAUAUUUACGACAAUAGGAUCAGCUUUACCAAGCCUUGGCCUUCUUGGAGUUAGUUAUUGUGAAUGCGAUGGAACUUGUGCCUUCAUAUGCUUGAUCAUUGGAAUGGGAUGUAUGGGAACCUUUUAUCCAUCUCUCAAGGUAAAUGGAAUAGAUCUUUCGACAAAUUACGGCGGCACAAUUGGUUCAACCAGCCACUGGUUGGGAACUACUGCGGGUGCCAUCGGACCUUCAUUGGUUGCUGCAUUAGCUCCCGAUAGUACAAUAUCACAAUAUAGAGUAGUUAUGUGGUUGUCCUUCAUACUUAUGUCCGCUACCAACGUCUUCUACAUACUUUUCGGAAGUGCUAAUGUCCAAAAAUUCAAUUACUAUCAACCGAAGACACGAGGUUGAAGACCUCUGGAAAAUAUGAUUCUGAAUUUUAGAAAUAUAUUUUAAUUUACUAC